GAAAAAUAGACUACAUACAAAACCAUGCCGGAUGCUCCAGAUUUAAGCGAGGACAUAGAAUUAGGCUCUUCUGAAGCAGAGGACGACCGUUAUUUUCAUCUACUACUCGCUGGUUUUCGCGCUUGUGCCAAGGAAGCCAUUAGGUUUUUACUGGAAGAGGAAGGACUAGCCCCCGAUCAUCCCCUUCCAGCCGGCCUUAACGAACACCUGGUGAAGCAACAAAGUCACCUUGCUGAAGUCCUCCACAACGAUUCCGGUGUUGCACUGGAAGAAAGCUUCCUUAAUUCUUCACAAGAUGGCGACACCACACGUGAAGAAAGAGACAAUUUAGAACAUUUUGUUGAAAAAAGUGAUGACAAAAUGUGCAUAUGUGAAUCAAGUGAAUCCCAGCAAGAAGUGAGUGAUAUUGUUGAACAAACACUCAGUUUUAUUCAGAAUCAAAUUGAAUCUGAUUAUCGGACAGAAACGUUCAAAAUGAGUGACUGAGGAAAUAAAUAUAUAAAAUGUAUAUACAUAUGGAAUAUUUAUUCAUUCAGACAAUGAACUGAAUGUUUUAUAAUUGUGUACACCAAACAUACCUAUAGUAUAAAUUAACAAUCUUAUUGAAUUCAACAUAUUAUUUCAUCUCUAUGUUUGAAAUAUU